UUCUCAUCGCUUCUUUCCGGCGUCUCCUUUCAACUGCCGACGUUGCAUAUUUAGCUACAUUAAUUUAUAUUCGUUUUCAUUAAACUUCUUAAAGAAAAAUCAUGCCUCGUGAAAGAACUUUCAUCAUGAUCAAGCCUGAUGGCGUCCAACGUAAUCUUGUUGGGAAAAUAAUCCAACGAUUUGAAGAAAAAGGCUUUAAAUUAGUAGCUAUGAAGUUCAUGCAAGCUUCUCAAGGUCUUCUUGAACAGCAUUAUGCUGAAUUAUCCAGCAUGCCCUUUUUCAAUUCACUUGUACAAUAUAUGCAACUAGGACCAGUUGUUCCCAUGGUAUGGGAAGGAGACAAUGUUGUUAAAACUGGUAGGGAUAUUAUUGGUGCUACCAAUCCUGCUCAGGCACAACCUGGAACUCUUAGAGGAGACUUGUGUAUUCAAGUAGGAAGAAACAUCAUCCAUGGAUCUGAUUCAGUUCCAAGUGCUGAUAAGGAAAUAGCACUCUGGUUUAAGGAUGAAGAAUUAGUGAAUUACAAAACUGCCCUUGAAAGCUGGAUUUAUGAAAAUUAAUUGAAUGCCUACCAUCUAAUUAAUCAAUGAAAUAAACAAUUUUUGAUAUAAAA